AUGGAGCCUCUUGAGCGAAGGGAAGCAAUUGGUCAUAUUUGCUAUAUCUUCACUCUAAGAGGUACACUGUCACAAAUUUUGUUUGGGUGACUUGUUAUAUAAUUCUGUACUCUUUCUUUCAACAAUUUCUUGAAAGAAACUUGGGCCCCUUCCUUGUCACCUGGUAGUGCAUUUAUGUGACACAUUUAGUUCAAAUGGUCCCUUCUCUGCUUGACUAGAUACGAUUUUGGCAAUCCAUUUAUAACUAUUGACAACUCAUGGUAAAAAUAAUUACCAACAAAAUCUGUCAAGCAGAAAAUGGACCUUUUCAACCUUGGAUUUAUCAUCAUCGGAGAGUGCAUCAAAACCUUUGUCACUUGCUUGGUCAGUAGUUUUGUUCGGUACUUUUAAAUCAGAUUUAAUUUUGCUUCACAGUUAAACUCUCAACUUGGAGGCCAAAUGAUCUUGAAAACCAAAAUGCAACGUUGGCUCGAGAUAAAUAAUUUUUCAGUCUUUUCCUUUGUGCUGCAGAUCCUGGGAUUUUUCUAGUCUUUUAAUGUAACUUAAAAGUUCCUCAUUUUUUGAACACAGAUCUGAAAUCUCUUUGUUGUUUUUUUCAUUCAUAGCAGUUUCCAUCUCACCAUAUAAUUUUUGCAUAUCUGCUUCCAGAUUGGCACACUUGCUCCUCCAUUCUUCCAGCUCAUCAUGAACCUGUUGGCUUUCAUGUUGGAGUUGUGCAAAUGAGAUGGUUUGUCCCUCAAAAAUAUGGAUUUUUUGCUUCUGCUAUCCAGUGCCAUUCUCUUCCUACCUCUCGUAUUAUAAUACUCCAUCUAGCCCUGAUAAAGUCACGAUAAACAUUGCACAAAGGUCUGGACGGUUGGUUAGUUGGCUGGGAAUUCUAUCUGUGGGGGAAGACCCUCCAUGUGAUGAUGGAACAAAUAAAACCUUGUGGUCGUAUGGCUCAGGCGAAAAUGUUGUGCCUCUUCGACCAGGUUACGAUGCUCGACUUAAUAUAAAUUCGGAAAGAACGUCAUUUGAGAUUUCAUGUAAGGUUGUUAGUUCUCGUUCUCAUAAUUUUGGUCCUAUAUUUCAGUGUGCGGUUAUUUCUGGUGAGGACAACCUAUACACUACCCAAGAAGUUAAACCAACUACUGCUGUGAGGAAUGUGUUUGAUUUUUUAGAGAUCAAAGAAUAUAAUAAAAAGAUUUCUGGUUAUGAAUUUUUUGGCUUCCAGUGACCAGAUGUCAUUAAAUUUGAAUUCCCAACUCAGGAACAGCAAACCAAGCUGUUUGCACAUCUAAAAAGGGAAGACCCACAACUCUAUGGCAAAUUGGAUCCAUGUAAACGUACCUUAUUCCUUGGAGAAACAGGCGACAAUUUUAGAGCUGGUGCUCAUCAACCAACCGAACAAAUGUCAUUUAGCAUUCUAAACUUGACUAAGCUAAUAAACUCUCCUUAUGGUCAAUUUCUGAUUUCUAUUUGGAGGGGUCCUGAGACUAGGAACUACAUUCAAGCUCAUGUAAAGGGCCAUUACGAUGAUGUGAGGUCAGCUGUACAUAAUGGACUAGCCUUAACAUUGGCUGAUGACACCAUGGAGACAUUUAACAUCAUUGCAUUUCUUGUAACUGAUCUUGGUCAUCUGAAGGAAUCUCUUG